UUAGUGCCGGCGUUCGUUUUGAGGAAGCGCUUUUUGACUUUGAGCCCAUGGUUAUGCUGUUGGAAUGGCAGCAAGGAAUGUGUUUAAUCUUCUCUUUUUUUUUGCUGAUUCUUUCCCCUCUUUGGUAUUCAGUGCCUGUUCAUUGUGACUGUGCGCUGCCGUUGGAGUAUUUUGGGCGGGUGGGCGCGAGAGUCAAGGGAGCCUUCUUUUCUCCAAUUUAUAAAAAUGGUCUCUAUUACUUGCUCUAUGUAUCAUGUGAUGAUCUUCGCACUUGGACAUCCAUCAAUAUCGACACGCCAAAGGACAACCAUCCAUCCAACAUGACUGAACCUACGAUCGGCGGCAGCACUUUCAAUCAUCUUAUCGUCUCGAUGGUGGUAUCGGAAUACGGACUUACUUUGCAGGAUCAGUCAUCAACUCGGCAUCCAAUCUGGAAUUGCAUGAGGGGGCCAUGGUAUUGAUCCAUGGUGGGACCGUACAUCUGGAUCUAGCUGAGGCUUCGGAGGUGGACUGCAGAGUACAGGGCGCGAAGAAACACCUCAUUCCACUUGCGAGGCGCACGACUUGAAACUACAGGACACGCCGUUGAAAGAGACGUGCUCAACGACAAUCAAAGAUCUUUAUGGACGUAUGAUCCACCAACGCUUCAUGCAGCUGGGUUUGGCAUAGAGUACUCUAUUUGACUGUCUGUGGCAACAGGAGAGUCAUUUAU